UGUCAGACAAGUUCAGACAGACUAAAGGUGUGGUGCGCGGCAGUCAGGAGGGGGAGGCAGCCUCUCUGAGCCACUCAAGUGGAAAUUCAAUGAAACUACCUGAUGUUUUAUCUUGCUUCCGCGAGUCUUCUCAAAUCUGUGUCCGUGUGAAGUGCUGUGGUCCCACUGAUCCAGGAACAGGUCUGCAGUCCUGCGUCUCUCUGUCUCUCGGGGGCAGAAGUCGGCUCUGCUGGAUUCGGAAACCUCAGCUAGUGCACUUCGUCGCUCGUGAAAUCAGGAGGAAUCUGACUGUCUGCCAUGGAGAGAGUUUAAAACCCGCUGGACGAAGAGCUCUUCUUAACCUCAUAUCUGGCUUUUGCUUUUCUUUUUCCCAUACUAGCAGCACUUCCUUUUUCCAACCUAUCCCGCCCCUCCCCACACAGCCACCAUGCGCAGGUUCAGCUCUGAGGGAAACCUCCUGGAUCUGGACUUCCUCCCGUGGAGGAGGGUGGCCCUGAAGAACCAUGAUGUUCAGGACAACCGGGACUCAGGCACCUACACCCCUCACACAGGGGAGGAUGAGCUGAACAGGGGCACCUGCGUCCUGACCCCCACCAUCCUGGAGCCUAAAGCGGUUUACGGUGAGCAGAGCGGGAAUGAACUGACCAAGCAGCACAGCGUCAGCGUGGAGACACUGAGUGAGCUGGGGAAGCAGGACAAGCUGGACAAGAAUCACUUGAGUGUGUGCAUCAUUGGUGAAGGCUGCAGGGCCUACAGCGACAGCCAGCUGAACCCCAACGCCCAGGGCAGCACGGAGAGCAUGGAGAGAGACGACAUGCCCCCCCGGUCUCCCUCCUCCACCAACCCCUUCUCCUUCAAAGCACAUCACAGCAACAACCAUAAACCCAAGCUGUCAGCCGCCAAGCUGCACCUCCGGAGUCUGUUCGGACAGAGUCCUCAUUCCUCAAACUCCAACCUGUCCAACACAGAGCAGAAAGACAGUGUAACAGAGCGGAGGUCUCGCCUGCUCUUCAUGCGUCAAUGGAGCCAGAUGGGCCCCAGUAAGAAGAGGAAGAUCAGUCGAGAAGAGCUGGAGAAAUGGGCUGAGUCCCUGAACACCCUGCUGCUCAGCCAAACUGGUGUCUCAGUGUUUGGAGCAUUCCUGCGCUCUGAGUUCAGCGAGGAGAACCUGCAGUUCUAUCUGGCCUGUGAGCAGUACAAACACUCAUCCAACAACUUCAGCCUGCAGAGGAGGGCCAAGGAUAUCUGCAGCACCUACAUCCAGCCAGGAGCCCCGCGGGAGGUGAAUCUGGACAGUAAGACCAGGGAUCUGUCCCUCCAGCUGCUGCAGGCUCCGUCUCACGCCUCGCUGUCCCUCGCACAGAAACGCAUCUACUCCCUCCUAGACAUGGACUGUUAUCCCCGCUUCCUCCAGUCUGACCUCUACCUCUCCUUACUGCGAGAGGCCGACAAGGAGACACAUGUGGUGACACACCUGGCCUCAGGAGGAGGGACACCGUAAAAGAUAAAUCUGUUUUAUAAGACAUAGAGCUUCUGUGUGGGACGUUUGUGUGUAAAAGGUACAUCUGGAGCAAAUUCCCGUUGGAGUCAGGUAAAUAAUAUUGUUCAGUGUGAUUUCUAGAUUCAAAAUUAUAUUUCAUAUCUUUGUUUUUUUUAAGCUAUGCGAAGCUAAGCUUACCAAGUUGUAGCUCUUUAUUUAAUAAUAGACAAAAGAUUGAAAUCCAUACAAAUACUCUCAAAUGUUAAACUAUUCUUAUAUUUGGCCUCUUUUUGGCUCUGAGAAUAUGAAAACAUAGAUCAGGCACCUGUGAAACUGUGUGGAGCUAAAUCUGGGCCAAAAGUUUUAUUCAAAAACAUAAAAUGAAUUUGAAAGCUAUGAUUCUGAACUUUGUAAAAUAUCUUUGUCUUUAAAAAUUCAGGUUGAAUAUUAUUUUGCUUGUUUAUUCUUUAAGAUUCAGGACUUUACCUUUUAGUUUCAGAUCUUAUUUUGAUUUAAUCUGAAAGAAUAAAAUCUGAAACUGGAAAAAAGACUCAAAUAUCAGAAUUUAAAUAAAAGUGAAAUAUCAAAAAAAUAUGUUUUUAAUCAAAAUAAUAUUCAACAUGAACAUUUUAAAAAUAUGAAUUCUUAGUUUAAAUACAUCAUUGUAUUUUGUUCAGGAUCUUGAACAAACUUGAACUUUAAAACACAUUUUAUUUUUUCAAAAACUUUUGGCCCAGAUUGAGCUCCGUGUGAAACAAGGCAGCUCUCAUUGUAAUGAUUAAACCUGUAUUAGCUAAUGUUCCCAUGGUUCAGUAAGCACAGACUCUCUGCUGCUGACGAAAAGGAAAGACCUGUUCAGCAAGAAUGAGCUCUCUGCUGUAAAGGUCAAAGUACUAUGUGAGUUACUUUAUGACAAAGAUGGGAAACCUGAGCAAAUCGCCUGUGACAGGUGAAAUGACUGGCGGGAAGCCGAGUGUUCUUAGACUUCGCUGUUCAAACAAAGAGAAACUGUACGCUCACAAUAGCCCGCAGGAACACUCAGUAAUUUAAGAAGGUUAAUGAGAAUGACCAGUAGCAUUUAUUCGACAGUCGGUCCUGUAAAAAAUGUAAUAAUGUGGAAGAACAUUUUAAAGAGAAAUAAAUAAAAUGCUGUUUUGUA